AUGGGAGAGUGGCGGAGGUAUGCGGCAAUGCAAAAGGCAAAGAGAAAAGGCAAGAAAGCAGGAGAGGAGAGCGCAGUUUCUGAAGAGAUUGUUGUACAGCGCAUGAGUUCGGACGUUUCUGGAAAACAGCAAAAAUAUACGAGAAUUGGGCCCCAGAGUACGUGCCCUUUGAGCACGAAGAGUUGAGUAUAGCGAACAUCAAGGACGCCUGUAUGAAAUACUUCAGGCCUCAGAUCGAGAAAGAUUUUAUUUGCGACGUGCUGGCUGGCGAGCGCGGGCCAUCUUGCGAAAUGAUGGCCCACAUUCCAAACAGAAAAGUUUUUUAUGUGCGAUUCAUAAAACCCAAAGGAGAGGUUCUUUCUGACGAGGAAGGAUCGCCGCGGUGCAAAAAGGUGAGAAAUCACGAGGAUAAGAUUUUCGCACAUUUAUUAUUAUGCAUGCAGAUAUCUCAUACUACAGUGAAACCUCUAUUAAGCAGAGCCCCAAUUAAGUGGACACCCUCUAUUGAGCGGACACCAAGCCGGGUCCCUAAGUGAACGUCGGAUAAUUUCCCUUUAUAACGAACCCCUAUUCAGCGGACACCGGCUCUAUUUAGCGGACGCACACACUAAAAUAAGUUGUAUUGGGCUAAUUUCUAUUGUUAAAAACCUUUUUAAGCGCACACCGGACUGAACUGACAAUAGUAGAGUUGGAUUACGUCCUUGAAAUACGUACUGAAGUCAGUUAAUGUCUUUGCAUUUACAAACAAAUUAAAGUUGGUAACUGAAAGGUAAUGAACUUGAACUCUGGAUAGCUUCUGGAAAUUUGUCACUGUACAGAGUAACCAUUGAAUGUUGAUCGCUAACAAACAUUGUGCAAUUUUUACAACCUCUAGUAAGCGGACACUUGGGAAGGUCCCGGAGGUGUCCGCUUAAUAAAGGGUUUCACUGUAUUUCACACAAAUAUUAUAUGUGAAUAGAGUAGAAACAUGUAUGCAUAAUUCAUAUAUGGGGCUGUACGGAAACCUUAGUUACCAUCAUGAGUAUUAUUUGGUUUAUUUUCUCUUUGAAUUUUCAAAUUCUAGGGUUUAGUGUUAUGCUCUCAAGACUUUCUAGAUAUUUUACAUUUUCGGUUAAGUACAUUAACCAAAUGUAAGACCUCAGGCUUGGGAUCCCAUAGAAAGGCAGCACAUAAGUUUAAAUGAACUAGGAGAAGUUGAGUGAUGUGCCUUUAGAGUUGUUAACGUUAGCUCCAAUAUUUCUUGACGUUUUUCAGUGUCACUUGCAUGCAUCAUUCGCAGUGGGUGUAUGUCACCCAGUUAACCCAAUUUCGGUCUUCCAAAACGUGCCACUUUCCAUACCCGGUUUCAGACCUGGCUUGUGAAUGUUGUACCCAAUUUGUGAACCCAGCACAUUGUCCAAGUGAACCCACCAUACUGUUUUUGAAAGCUUUUUUUUUUUCAUUAGUUAGUCGUAUUUGACACUAAAUGUUCUUAUCCAUUUGGAGCUGACAAAACAAAAUAAUACGUCCAAACAUUCUCUUGGGUAAAAUUCUCUAGAAAAUGAUACCUUAUUUCAGACCAUAAUGGGGAUAAGUUUGCUUCAGAUGAUUUCUAGCUUACAGGCUAAUGUUUGGCACAGUGUCUUCAUUUUGUCUAAAUUUGAUCUGACUUCUGUACUGUCUUGUAGCCAGUCCGUCUUUGUACUCUAUGGGUAUUCUUUUGAUACAUGUAUGGCUACAAAUUCUUCCCCUUGUAAUCUUUGUUAUACAUAAGUAGUUUUGUUUUUAAUUUUUGGAUCUGAUCCACAGCCAAAGAAAGCACGACCAUCCAAGAGGACAAAUACACAAUCCCUGCCAGCCACCAAAGCCCAAAGCCCAAGUAAAGCCUUCCCAAAGAGUCUGUCAGCGUUAGAAAUGAUGAAACUUGGUAAAGUUAUCAAUGAAAAGUCCACUGUAGGAAUUGAGCUAUUCAAGUUUGAUCUCACUGACAUGGUUUGGUCCAACCUCCCUUUGACCAUAGAAUUCAACAUUGCCAAAGAGCCUUUUGGCAAAGGAGGAUUUCGUGAAGCAAUUAAGGCCACAAGUAAAAUGCCAGAAUUUCACGGUCAUCAGUGGGUAGUAAAAAGGUAUUUAGUAUCCGCUGUUGACAAUAUCAAACAAACAAAACAAACAGUUGAGCAGCACACAAAAAAGGUGGUGCAAAUGCACAUGCUGGCCAGGAAUUUUGCUCAAAAACUGGAGCAGGAAUUAAAACAAGCUGGUAACCUGGAAGUUUAUGGGCCAACCCUCAGUUACAAGAGAAUAUACAUGGGAAGAAUCCAUGGAGAGUCAGAUGAUGAUUGGGUUACUGUUGAAGAAUAUAUUGACGGGGAAUUUACAAAGUACCUAAACAACACAAGAAAAUCUUGUGGCAUAGACUGA